AUGAAAACAGGAGUGUGUGGUGUUGAUGGAGAUGAAGUGAAGUCAGUGUUAGUGAUGGAGGGAGAUUCUGUCACUCUAAACACGGAUCUUACUGAAACACAGCGAAUAAUUCUGAUACUGUGGAGGUUUGGAGAGUCAGGUUCCACUAUCGCUCAAAUCGAUGGAAAGGAUAUCUCAUAUCCCAGUCACACUGAGAUAUUUAGAGGGAAACUGCAGCUGGAUCAGACUGGAUCUCUGACCAUCAAGAACAUGAGAACCAAACACUCUGGACUUUAUCAACUAGAAAGCGACCUCAACUCUGGGUCCUCACGUAUGACAUUCAGUGUUACUGUCUAUGAGUCUCCAUCUGUUGUUCAUGCUGGUGAAGCUGAAACGAAGAGUGUGUCAGUGAUGGAGGGAGAUUCUGUCACUCUUCAGACUGAUGUUACUGAAACACACGGAGAUGAGCUGAUAGUGUGGAGGUUUGGAGAAGGAAAACUCAUAGCUAAACAUGAUAUAGACGCAAAGAGCCCACUAUUACAUGACACUGAUGAGAGAUUCAGAGACGGACUGAAGCUGGAUCAUCAGACUGGAUCUCUGACCAUCAUGAACACCAGAAACACAGACGCUGGACUUUAUACAGUGAAGAUCAGCAGCAACAAACAGACGUUAUAUAAGACAUUCAUUGUUACUGUCAGUGUUCCAUCUUCAGGUGUUAUCGUAGGGAUAGUUGUUGCUGUGCUGGCGGUGGCUGCUGCUGCUGCUGCUGCUGUUGCUGUGAUUUACAUUAGCUACAGAAGGUCUGAACGAGAAAAACAAAUAGAUUCAAUGAAACCUGUGACUGUUAAACGUGAGGAGGGAGAAUGUGCUGUCCUACAGUCUUAUCAUGACAUAAAGGAAGGUGAUAAGAUGCGGUGGACACGUGUCUCCGUGGUUAAAGAGUCUGCUAUUGCUUCAAUGAGUGAAAAUGACAAGAAGACCUAUUGGUAUGAUCCGAGAUUCAGAGGCAGACUGCAGCUGGAUCCUCACACUGGAUCUCUGAUCAUCAGAAACUUCAGAAAAACAGACGCCGGAGUUUAUGUUCUAGAGAUCAAAAGCAGAGGAGUGACCACAUACAGAAAAUAUAAAGUUAUUUUCUCUGGUGAAGUGAAGAUGGUGUCAGUGAAGGAGGGAGAUGAUGUCACUCUAGAUUUUUCAGAAGAGAUGGGGAAGGCAGACUGCAGCUGGAUAAACAGAGAUCUCUGA